AUGGCCCAAGCUUUAGAUAUUUGUCUGCGAUGCAACUCGCUACAAUGCCGUUCCAGUCUCACUGAAAGAGCCAUUGUCACAACUUGUUCACAUAUUUUCUGCCUCAAAUGCGCGGACCGCCUCGACCUGGCUAGGUCGACAGGCACAGAUCGUCAAUGCCCGGCUUGCCAAACCAGCCUUCUCAACCCUGACGACGUUGUUUCUACGGUUCUAAACCCGACCGAUGAUUAUAAAACCAGCGUGCUCAGUGGACUGGAUCCGAAUACUAUCAUGGAGUGCGCCGGAAGAGCACUAGCAUUUUGGGCCUAUCAGACAGCACAGGAAAUAUUCUUUCAAGAAUACCUUGGGAAGAACUUGACGGAUAAGUAUACAGCGUUGAAUAGACAGAUGGACAAGGUUGUCCACGAUGCCAACUCCGAGAUAACGAGCCUCCACCAGCGGAUUGCAGACCUGAAAUCAAGCCAACAGCAACUGCAAAAGAAAAAUCAGGAGCUAGUGGAACUGUACCGUGAUAAGAGCAAAAGGCAUGCUCAAAUCACAAAUCUAUAUAACAUUUUGAAAAGUCGUACCAUGCGAUCGCAGCUUCAAACAGCGGUUUCCGACACAGUUGCGCAUACCCUGCAAUCACUUGGGACGUCUGGGAACCAGACGUCUAAUGGGUUUGAGCCGUUGAUGCCCGUCUCAUCAAGCCAACGGCUGGCUCAGUGCAAUAAUGAUUCUUCUACAAUUUUCAAUAGCAAUACAAUUGAGCAUUUUCACCGGCAGCAGAGAAGCGAAAGCUCGAAUAGUCAAAUAAAUUCGACAAUGAUGCCGCCACCAACUGGAAUACUGCCAUCCUUCCGCGAAUCCAACCAUCCACAAGCGGUUGUGCAACAGUCGCAUCGAACUCAGAUCCCUCCUCCCUCCCGCUCUAUGAACUCUGCUGAAGGCAGAGUUCAUCAAGGCCAACGAAAAUUCAUUUCCCCCGCCCGACCAUUCAGCCUACUUCACCGCUCUCCGAAUAAUUCUGAUCCAAAUAGAACCCUUCAUACCAGCCCAAACAAUUAUGGGCUUAGUGCAGGCGUCAAAAUAGGGCGACCCAACGAUUCUAAUUUUACAACCGCAGAAGUUCGAAGAGAAGCGUUUAGCCGACCUGUUCUCUAA